UCUUACUCUUACAAGAGUUGUACGGACACCGCCAAUCUUCACUGGGAAACACUGACAAGUUUUGUAAAAAAUUCUUCUACUACAUAACGCCAAUAAAAACAUUACAAAACUUGAAAGUUUGUUGUCUUGUCUAUGAUUAUGAGUAGUCUCUCGGAUGGAAAGGAGGAUGUAGAUGUUAAGAGUAAUCUUGACCAACGUAUGAGAGUUUCAGUAGAGUUUGGCAUCUCUUGUAGAUGGUCCAACAAAGAAUCUUCUCUAACUCGAUUAAAGUGUUCCUUGAGUUAACAAUCGGAGGAGGUACGAGUUUUCUACUGUAGAUGGUCCAGCGGCGGUUGUCUGGCGAAAGAACGAAUUUUAAUGAGUGCAAGUUCCGAAGAUGAUAAAGUGUAGAGGAAGGGAAGAGAAAACAGCCUCGGCGUCUGAUUGAUUGGAGGCACCGGAGGCGAAGAUCGGAGCCGGCGGAGCAGCUGAAUUGUCAAGAGUGCAUGCCUCUCACUUGACACGUGUUCAUUCUUUUUGGAGAAUGUUAUGUAGCACGUGUUGGCUUAUCCUUUCUGUACUCAAAAAAACUCUAAUAAAAAUGAAGUUGCAAAAUUGUAGCACGUGUUGGCGAAUUAUAGCUUCUUUUGAUCAAAUGGCGAAUUGUAGCUAAAUUGGAAUUUUUCAACUUUCCUUCCUCCUCUCCGCAUUUUUAUCAAGUGGUGGUGGAUCCGGCGAGACUUCCACUUUUCAUUUCUCUUUUUUUUUUUUUAAAUUAAGCUGUUCUUGUCUGAAAAUGGCCGUUGGAUUGGACAGCCAGAUUCUCACACUAAUCUUCUCCUUCAAUUAUUUCUUCUGCUCAUGGCGUGAGAUUUGAGGUGUGUUGUGUGUUGUUGUCAGAUGAAUUGUGUUUGAAUGUUUUUGGUGGGUGUGGAGAUGGACCGGAGAAGCUGGUUAUGGAGGAAGUCCUUUGAGAAAAGUCGGGGAGAGACAGAGAGUACAGGCUCACUCUCUUCUCAUUCUGAAAGAAUCUCACACGAUCAGGUUGAGAAAGAAGCUGCGGUUCUAAAGCAACAGCUUAAUGCUUCUGUAAGCAAAGUUUCAGCUCUUGAUAGUGAACUCAAGGAAUGUGUGAGGCAGCUCUGGCAGGGAAGAGAAGAGCAAAAACAGAAGAUAGAAGACGAAGCUAUAAACAAGAAAUGCUCGGAGUGGGAAGCUACAAGAUCUGAAUUUGAAUCCCAAAUCAAGGAGCUUCAAGCCAGACUUGGAACUGGAAAAGAAGAGGUUGAUACUACUGCUUCAGUUCACGAAGAGGACCUUUACCUGAAACUCUGAGGCUUUAGAGAAAGAUAACUCAGCCUUGAAGCUACAACUACUCUCAAGGGCUUAGGUAAACUUGAUGCACAAUCAAGCCAUCUUAAACAAGAACUUGAAAGGACACGUGCAGUUGAGGACACGCUCUCAUUGGUCAGGGAAGGGAGGAAGACUAAUAAAAAAAUCAGAGAAAAGCUGACGUGGAGUUACCGUGUUAUUUAGGCGGUUAUGCUGUUAAAGGGUCAUAGAAGUCGAGCUUUUAUGAAGUAAACCUUCUUCUUCCUCUCCAUCAUCAUCAUCGAGAGUCUUUCAAAGUAUCUGGAGUUACCAUCAUCGAAGCUUCUCGUCUCAUGGCGGAAAACCUUCGCCUCUAUGACAGAGAUCCAAGGAUCGUAGAGAUCAUCAAGAAAUCCACUUACGGAUGGCUCGGAUACGAUGAUCUUCAGAGUCUUUUUGAGUUUUCUGGAACAUUUCUACUCUCCAAAGGACCUGCUUCUUUUGAGGAAGGCCUUUAUGUCUAUGAAAUGGAUCACAAGACUGAUGAAAUUGAGUGGGAUUUUCAAAAUCAUGAAGCUAGUGGAAUUGCUGGAGAUGUAAGAGUGUUGUAUACUAGUUUCACUAAGAAGUCCAACGUAACUCCAUCCUUGGAGAGAAGAAUUUACAUUUGUCCGGGGCAUGUGCUGUGCCUGGUUCACUUCCGGUUCAUUGAAGAAGAACAGAGACAAGAAGCAGAACUGGAAGAGGCUGGCGAAGAUCUUACUCCUCCUGUUAAUCUUGCCACUGCAGCUUUUGAUGUUGCCUCUCAAACACUCUCAAACACUCUCGAACCAUGGAUGCAAGAUAUACUUCAGGACUCCACAGACAACUGGUUAGACUAUGGAGAUCUCAUGACUCUUUUUGCUCACAGUGGAAAGCUUCCACUGUCAAAGGGACUUGCUGCAGGGCUUGAUGAACUUGAUCAAGGCAUCUACGUGUUCACUAGACAAGAGAGCCUCCAUACGGUUGACUGGUAUGGCUCUCCUACUAAGAUUCCUGGUCAUGUUCCACUUAGUUACCGAACCUCCUAUGCUGUUCCCAAUGAUCUGAGCCUAAAUGCAACAAUGGUGCGAAGAUUGUAUGACUGCGAUGAGUAUGCCAGAUACAUAGUCCACUGUCGUUUAAUUGGAGGAGGACAAGAAGAAGAACAGGAACAAGAGGCAGAACUGGAAGAAGCUGGCGAAGAUCGUACUCCUCCUGUUAAUCUUUCUACUGUUGGUGAUGUUGCCACAGCAGCUUCUGAUGUUACCUCUCAAACACUCCCAAACACUCUCGAACCAUGGGUGCAAGAUAUACUUCAGGACUCCACAGACAACUGGUUAGACUAUGGAGAUCUCAUGACUCUUUUUGCUCACAGUGGAAAGCUUCCACUGUCAAAGGGACUUGCUGCAGGGCUUGAUGAACUUGAUCAAGGCAUCUACGUGUUCACUAGACAAGAGAGCCUCCAUACGGUUGACUGGUAUGGCUCUCCUACUAAGAUUCCUGGUCAUGUUCCACUUAGUUACCGAACCUCCUAUGCUGUUCCCAAUGAUCCGAGUCUAAAUGCAACAAUGGUGCGAAGAUUGUAUGACUGCGAUGAGUAUGCCAGAUUCAUAGUCCACUGUCGUUUAAUUGGAGGAAGGACAAGAAGAAGUUGAAGAAGAAGAUGGAGAAGGACAAGAAGAAGAAUGAUACACUUUACUGUUCAAACUUGUAAAAAGAAGUAUGAAAAGGGAACAAAAGUUGUUGUAUUGAUCAAAAAAGGAAUUACAAUAGAAUACCCAAACCCAGCGCUCUAAGAUGUUGCAUGAGAGCUCUUGUGAAAUGAAACAUCCCGAAGAGGAUUAGUAAAGCAAAAGGGUUUUCCUUUGAGGUUGAUUCCCUAGAUUUAACACAACAGCUACUCCAGCUUUCUUCCCCUUGUUCGAAACGCCUUUACUGCACCUAAAGUUUCUGUUUCCUGUGUUCUUGCCAAUCCGUCUCUCAAUGAUUACUCCCGGCUCCCACACCUGUUUUUCAGCGCAAGACUGUAUUUUCUAAUCAAACUCCUCCUUGUGUACCAAGUACCCUUCUUCUCGAGGUUGAAAAUUCUGAUAACAUCAUCUUCCCUCACCAAAAACACUGAACCAAAGAAGCCACAUAACUCGACAGUGGCUAUUUGUGUCAUUAUGAACUCCUUUCUGCAUGAUGUGUGUGACCCCCUACUUCAGCUCGUGGUCCCCGUCCGCUUCUGUGAUAAUCUCUUCCGACUGAGUGACUGUUAGGAAUGCAGAGACAUAAAACUCUGGAACCCACAAUGCAAAUGAUGGCAUCUGAGGUCUUGUGUUCUCAAGCCACUGCAGUACCAGACUUAUACAUGUGAUGUCCAACUUCUGAGACAAAGACACUGGCACUCAUUAUCACGUGAUUGAAUUUCCCUCCUUCAUCCCCACUCUUUGUUUCACGUUCUGUACCAACUCUUUCGACCAGAAACACUUGCAACGAGAGCUGCAUUUUCCCUGGUUUGUACUUCCACCUCCUAGACUUAUAUCAUUUCUUUUCACACGUGCAUCCACCAAACUGCUCACAACAUUAGUAUCAGUGUCCCCAACACAACUUGCAUACAGCACAAACAUCUCUCUGUCCAAAUUAGUGUUAACUCUGGGCCUUAAAGCGACUUCUGGUUCUGCCUCUAAUCCCACCUUUAUGAUUAUCUGGUUCACAGAAGAUACCACAUUCACUGGUGAAGGUUUGAGAUAUCCAGCCUCUUUUGGGACUAGUAGCAAUACCAUGUCCACCUGAACUGAGAAUUGAGGCUUCUUCUUGCCUUUGCUUUCCUACCGCCAUGUAUAUGUUGUUCAUCACCUCUGAUCUCGUCGUUUCCACCAAGAUGCAUCGUAACAGAACAUAACUUCUUUACUCCUCGUUGCAGCCUUCAACAUAAACCACAUCCUCACCGCAGUGAUCCUAUUAAUCACCCUCCCUUUGUUGUUGUAUUUUGGUACCUGUGCUUGGCUCAGUUUCUUCCAUUUGGCAGGAUGCUUCAAUGCUAAUAGCCCACAGCCAGCUUCCCACACCCUGGCUUAUGAAAGUCUUCCAUACUUUUUGUUCAUCUUCGUUCUCCCCUUCUUCUUCUCUAUGAAUCUCAACAGCCUUCUUUUGUUGGAAAACUUUCCCACCGCUUGAUUACUCUUUUUCGCUGGCUUUUAAAUACAUCUUCCAGCUGCAACCCAGGCCUUUCCGUUAAGGUCUUAACGUCCUCAGCUGUGCCUUUCAAUCCGCUAUAAAUUGGUAAAGGUCGGUCUCUUCACUCUCUUACUUUUCAGAUGCAUUUCAUCGAGCACUAGUCCUGCACACCUAUCCAUCUCAGCCUCAUUGUGCUCUUCCUUUCUCUUUGAGUUAUGUAACCCAAGAGAGACCUCUUCACUCAUAGACUGUCGUUUCUCCUGUCAAGAGCCCAGAUUUUUCUCCACACGUCUCAAAAUCCCUCCAGAUGCUUUCCAUCUCUUCUUCUUCUUCUUCUUAUUGUUUAUCUUCAAUCUUUUCUUCUCAGGAGCAUUUUAUCGAGCAGAUGAUAGGCAUAACUCUUGGCCUUGGCUUAUUUUCCUCCAUUUGGAGGGUAAACUUGAA